AUGGCCGACCAACUCAAAGAGACGGCAAAGCACGAAGUCGAGCAAAUCAAGAAGGUCGCCUCUGAGGGCGUGAGGUCGGGAGCAUAUGUCUAUCCCAUCAAGGGCAUCUUUUACCUCCUCUCCCACCGCGAACUCCGCAAACCGCUCUUCACCCGCCUCAUCCCAACCCUCACCCUCGGCGCCGGCGUAACCACUUUCAUGUUUGCCUUUACCUACCUCCCCCAACUCGCAAUCCUAGUCUUCACCUCCGGCCCCAUCGCCGCAUUGACAACAAUCCUCCUCGUCCUCUCCGAAUCCAGCACCCUAACCAUGGUCCUCUCCAAAACGCUCCUAAUCGAAGACGCCCUCAUCGACACCUUCGACGCAACGCUCGUUGCCAAGGGCCACACGGCGCUCGUCGCCAAAGAACGCACCGUCAAGUCCUCUGCCAUGGGCGACGCCUUCCAACGCCUGGGCGCUCUGGCGGGCAAGCCCUUUGCGAAGUUCACGCCCAAGGCUAUCGUGCGGUAUCUCAUGUACCUCCCGCUCAACUUCAUCCCCGUUGUGGGAACGGUCAUGUUCGUCAUCCUGCAGGGACGUCGCUACGGACCGCAUGCGCACGCACGGUAUUUCCAGCUGAAGGGCAUGUCGAAGCCGCAGCAGCAGCGCUUUGUCGAGGAGCGGAAGGGUGCGUACACCGGGUUUGGUGUCCCGGCGGUGUUGUUGGAGAUGGUGCCUGUGUUGGGCAUCUUUGCGGCUUUUACGAAUACUUGUGGGGCGGCGUUGUUUGCGGCGGAUUUGGACAAGGGGGUGACCACCGCGGAGGGAUUGAGGGAGACGGCUGAGGAGGCGACGAAGGUUGACUGA